AUGUCUUCAAAAGAAUAAAAGGAAUUCAAUUUUUCUUCAAAGAAAAAUCAAGAGAUUUAUGAAUAGAAAAAUAUAAUUGGCUUCGUUGACCUUUUCUUUUUUAUUAAGUUUGAACUUUCUUUCCUUGACUUAUACACAAAUAAACACACACACAUACACACACACACACACAUGUACACACACACAUGUACACAUACAUAAGUACAUCUUAAUAAAGAAUUCUACGAAUUGAAUAAUUCGACUUCUUUCUCGAAUAGAGUUAGUGAGAUCGAGAGAGAGAGAGAGAAAGAGAGAAAGAGAGAGAGAGAGAGAGAGAGAGAGAGAGAUAAGUAGAAACGAUAAGAACAAUUGGAAAUUUCUUUUCGAAGUCGCGUUCUCGCGGAAAAGAAGAUCGACUGGGUAAAAUGCUUUACUCGCAUCGCAGGUUCAUGGGUUGCUAACGUAAAACCUUCCCCCAUGCAUUAUUUAAGACAAUGGGAUGUCUUUUCCGAUUCGUAUCUCGUAGUUUCUUCGAGAUCCUGAAGUGGCUUUCGCUAGACAUCCAUUAUCUUCCUGAAAGCGAACGUAUUUCGCGAAACUUUAUCGUCCUCGAGCCCUAAAAACGUUUCCCUCCUUUUUCUUUCUUUCUUCCUUAUUUUUCUUUUUUUAUUAUUCUUUUCUCUCUCUCUCUCUCUCUCUCUCUCUCUCUCUUUCUACGUGCUUUCGACGUCCCAUUUUCGAUCGGUCGAAGUACCUUACCAUCUUUUGUUAGAACUCAACGAAAGGAUAAUCCGACGUAAAUGAAAUGAUGGACGAUUUUUUGAGAUAAAGAAAAGUAGAGAUGGAUAGAUAUAUAGAGAUAGAGAGAGAAAAAAAGAGAGAGAGAGAGAGAGAGAGAGAGAAAGAGGAUGGGAGGGAGAAAAGAUAGAAAAAAAGAAAAAGAAAAUUUGCAUAUUUUUCCUUUCCAUUUUUUAUUUCCUUCUUGUUCUUUGUACAGUUUGAGAAAACAGGAAGAAAAAAGGAAGAGAAAGAAAAAAAAGUUUUCCUUUCGAUCGAAGCCAUUCUCGUGUGGCUAAGAAGUUUUUAAUUUACGUUGAAGGGUUGAAAGCUCUAAGGGCCACGCGAACGGCCUUGCUCGUUCGUAAUUUCAAUCUAUACCUACACACACACAUACACACACACACACACACGUACACGCACCCACGCACGCAAGUACGCACACCCACACAUUCUUUUUUUCUUCUUAUUUUUCCUUUUUUUUUUUUUUUCGUUUGAAAUAAAUAACAAUUCUUCGGAAUGUUCCAAUUGGGACAUUUUGAAAAAUGAAUGAAACAUAUUUGUUCCCCGAGUAACGAUUGAAGUUCUUUGAGCUUCGAAAAAAAAGAAAAAGAAAAAGAAAAAGUUGUAAAAAAGAAAGAAAAAUUAUUACGAAGAAAUUAUAUCGUACUUCUGAUACUUCGUUACGAAGAAAAUCGAUAAUAUAAUACUUAUUCUUCUUGGUUAAUUUUUGAUUGGAUCAAACUGGAAGAAUUUUAUCGACGAGGUGUACUCAUAAAAGUCGACAAUUAUUAUUUCUUUACGUAUAGAAUGAAUCGAAAGUUCCUUAGAUAAUUUGAACAAUCGAUUACUCUUUCUCGAAAACUUUCUUCUCUCUUAUUUUUCCUCUUCUUCUUUUUUCUUUUUUUAUUUUUUAGAUUUAAAGCUUGAUAGUUCCGCAAUCUGAAACGAAAAGGAAAGAAGGGAAAAGGAAAAAACGGAAAGAAAAAGAAACAAAAAGAAAAUAGAACAAGAAAACGAAACGAAGGAAAAAAAGUUAGCCGUAAAAAAAAAAAGAAAUCUGCCGAAAGAGUGAAAAUUAAUUUUUCAAAUAGCUUAUAGAAACUUUUGGCGCCUAUCCCUACCCACGCCCCCCUCCCCCGCCCUCCCCCAUGUGUAUACAUGUACGAAGAGAACUACCGUUCUUAUCUCGUUCGAUAAGGGAUAUUGAAAAGAAAUAAGAAAUAAGAAAUAAGAAAAAAGAAAAAAGAAAGGUAAAAAAGGAAUGAAGAACAAAAUGAAUAAAGAAAAAAGAACUAAGUGACGUUGGUAGAGAGGAAGGAGGCGAAGGAGGAGGGGAGUAGGAAGAGAAGAAGAAAGAAGAAUAAGAAGUAAUAGUAGUACUAGUAAUAGUAAUAGUAGUAAUAGUAGUAGUAAUAGUAGUGUUAGUAGUAAUAGGUACUAUAUGCCGUUUGCAUGCAAUUUUUGGAAAAGUAAGUUAAGCUAGCGUCGAAGUUUUGUUACUUCUCAUUCGACAUCGUUCUUCAACAUCAUAGGUACCUUACUCCUCUGUUACCCUUAAGAAACUUUCUUUGGGAAACCACAGAUCUCUUGAAAGUUUUACGAACAAGUUAGAGAAAGAGUGAGAGAGAGAGAUGAUUAUAGAGAGGGAUAGGUAAGAGAGCUUUGGUGAGAUCCGCGUGUAGAUUAGGAAGAAAAUUGUGGCACAGCUCGUAAAGGGGUUUAAAGGGAUAGCUAGAAAAAAAAAGAAGGAGCGAGGACAGAUAGAGAGAGAGAGAGAGAGAGAGAGAGAGAGAGAGAGAGAGAGAGAGAGAGAGAGAGAGAGAGAGAGUGUAAGAGGGACAGUGAGAGGAAAGAGGUAAGAGAGAAGAGCGCCGAGUGGGCCUUUUCUCGUGGAACAGAGAACCUUAAUGGCUAUUCUACCGGAUGUUUCUUGAAUCGUUCGUUCGUGGCUUCCGUGGCUUUCCAAUAAUGGAAAAGCGUCAUUUGUACUAAAGAGAAAAUGGAAUCCGAGUUGUUAUCACCCGACUUUUGUUUUAUUUUUUUUCUUUUUCGUUUUUUUUUUUUUUCUUACCUUUCCAACUCCUUCCAUCUAACAUCCCCUAUUCCACCUUCCCCCACCCCACCCCCAUUCCUCCACCAUAUUGAUAUAUCCCAUAUCAACUUAUUGUUAUCAGAUGUCUGUAUACGAAGAAUAUAUUUGAGGAAAAUUCUUCUUCCCUUUCUGAUAAUAAUAAUAAUAAUAAUAAUAAUAAUAAUAAUAAUAAUCACAAAGCAAUAGUACGUCAAAGGUAAAUCUCAUUUUGCUUGGUUUUCAAAGGAUGAGGCAAUAGAAGUAAAAAAAAAAAAGAAAAAAUAAAAGGAAGAAAGAGAAAAAGAAAGAAGGAAGGAAGGAAGGAAGGAAGGAAGGAAGGAAGGAAGGAAGGAAGUAAAAAAAGAAAGAGAGAAAGAAAGAUAGAUAGAUAGAUCGAUAGAUAGAACAGAUUGUAUGCUCGAAUACUGCAAUCUCCGAAGGACGAAUUUAAUCUUAUUCGUAAAGAACAAGAAAGGUCGCCGCAAGAUCGAACAAGCUAAAGCCAUUUUGGCCAAGCAUAAAUGAGACAAUUCCGGUCUUGGAAUAUCUUGCCUCCGCCCUUUUGUCUUCCGAGUACGAGCAUGCGUUAGCUCGUGCUCUCGCAAUGCCGGAAUGUCCAGUGGUGCCAUUUUUUGGUGCCUUUUUGCGAGAAUUAAGAGGAGUCAUUACUACCGAAUACAAGAGCGAUACCGAGCGAAAGAACAACCGCGAGAGCACGAAAGAGAACGCGAAAGAGGUUGGGCCAAUUGAAAAUGUAGCAUCCUCUGGUACAUCGGUCGGUCCGCGUAUAGACGUCGAGAGUAAUACCGAAGCUCCUUCAGGAUGGAGCUCGACUAGGAGUGGCUCUUUGAAAAAGAUAAACGAGUCCUACGAUGCGAACGCCAUCCUGGAAAAAGUUGCCCUCUUUCACAAGCAUCGACACGCUCGUGGAAGGGAUGCAACAACUGGUUCCCUUCACCGCACCCUUAGUUUACACACAACAGCGAUCGAACAGACCUACAUGGCCGAAGAAUGCGAUGAGAACGAUUAUCAUCUCGAUCUCGAUUCAUAUAAACCGGUCCAACCGAUCCUGGUCGAUCAUGGGGUUGCACUUUUCCCGGUAGCCGCACCUCACACAGGAAUGGAUCUUCACAUCUUACAGGUGCUACAUCAUGGUACAACUUUGGUACAUUGGGAUUGUGAAAGUGGCACUUCGAGAACGGCCUUGGUAUUCGCACGAGUAGAUCGAGCGUGCGGUACCUUCGUCUGGGAGAAACCACCGUGGAGUCCAUUGAAAACGGGCCAACUCGGUGGCACUGCCUAUACCGAGUUCUCGAUCACGGCCAAUCCCGAGGAAAUCGUACCAGAUAGCUUGGUUACCAGAUACGCGGUACAACAAAGUGACUGUGCUUCGGUCACUUUGGAGGAAGGAUAUCUCGAUUUGGCCUCCGUUAAAGAAAUCAUGAUCGGUUGUUGUGACCGUGACAGAGAGGCCGAUCUUAGGAGCAUAUGCAAGAGGUACGGCCUACCUGGCUCAGAUUCCUGUAUCGGCCUCAUGUAUGGUUCCAGUCUACCUGACAAUCGAUUGCUCUUUUUACUUUGUCCUCCGGCCCUUGGCAAAAUAUGGUAUAUGGGACUUUGUUGGAUAUUACGAGGCCUGAAACGACAGCGACAGUUAACAGAUCGUAGAUCGCGUUGGUUAAAAGAAAAAUAUCUACAAUUAUAUUUCAAAGAAGGUUGCCUCGAGCCUAUGACCGCCGAUGCGAUACGAGUAUUUGGUGGUCGCGAUUGGUCAAUGACCGAAAGUGUUGGAACCCUUUCGCCAACUAGCAGCGGUAAUCUACGUAGACGAAACGUUAAAGGAAAAAAGACCAAAUCCAUCAGCAACAUUCAUGCACUGACAAAAGAGCUCAGCUUUAAACAGUACGACUCCUCAUCCUCGGAUGGCGGCUUAUCUGCCGCUCCUCUUCGUCACAUAACUGGCAGCAGAGAAUCCUUGACGAGAAUAAUUCCAGCAUCGCCGAGAUCCAGCAGAGAUCGAAUUCCAUCGCGCAGUCCACCCGGUUCGACCGAAAGAAUAGUCACUUCCAACUUGCCUUAUUCGAGUUUACAAAGCUUACUUUGCGUUCCUAGAGACAAGGACAGAAAUGGUGGUGGAGUGCCAGGUGGAUCGGAAGCUCCUUGGCAGGUGAAAACACGUGCCACUUCCAUUAUGUAUGAGACCCAGCUGAACUUUGUCGAGUUCGUGGCACUUUUCCGAUCGUUCAGCCUUCGAGCUAGAAAGGACCUACGUGAUCUCUUCGGGCAGCUAGCGAUCACGUGCCGAAGUCAAAGCGACGGUUCUCUUCGAGACUUUAGUACGCGUCCGGCCGUAUUGAGACAGGCCAGCGAUGCAACUCCACAAAGAAUCGGACUUUUAACGAGGAACAAUUCAAUCGAUUGUCACGAAUACAAGAGCAGUAGUAACCUUCACAAGAAGCAAAUCUUUGACGCAGUUGCAGCAGCGAGUAUAGUUAACAAUUGUUCUGGCGUCGACACGUCCAAGUCCCAAGUAAUCACUCUAGCCACGUUCACAAAGUUCCUCGAAUCUCGACAACAAGAAAAGCUUACCGACGACGAGAUCAAAGCCCUCGUCAAGAGGCACGAACCAGAUCCAGUUUUGCGCACACAGUGGUGUUUAUCUUUCGAGGGUUUUGCACGAUACAUGAUGGACAAGGACAAUUACGCUUUCCCAAACGAAUACGCGACGCCAUCGGAAAGCGAAAUGCAACAACCCUUGUCUCAAUAUUACAUCGCAAGCUCGCACAACACUUAUCUGACUGGUCAUCAGCUCAAGGGCGAAUCAUCCGUCCAGCUUUAUUCACAGGUCCUUUUGACCGGAUGUCGAUGCGUAGAACUAGACUGUUGGGAUGGCGACGAUGGAUCGCCUCUCAUUUAUCACGGUCACACCUUUACCACCAAGAUACCUUUUCGAUUGGUCGUAGAAGCGAUCGACAGAAGUGCAUUCGUCAGUUCACCAUAUCCAGUCAUACUGUCUAUUGAAAAUCAUUGCUCCCAGAGUCAACAAGCACGAAUGGCACAUAUCUUUCAGUCGGUCUUUGGUGAAAAACUCGUAACGAAGUUUCUAUUCGAAACGGAUUUCGGUGAGGAUCCUCAGUUACCCUCGCCUUCACAAUUGCGAUAUAGGAUAUUGAUCAAAAAUAAGAAAUUAGUAGUGGAUCCAACUGGACCGUUAGUUCAUCCCCCGGUAUCCUAUCGUGGUAAAAUGUUGAUGACAGAUCGUGCAUCGUCUAUGAAACAAAUGCGAACGGACGUAAGUAGCACGUCUGUACCCGAAUACUUCAGUGAGGACGAGGACGAUGAGGAAGAUGACGAUGAGGACGAUAAUAUCGAUGACAAUUCAAUAUCGAGCUACGAGAGAUAUUUGGGUGGUAAUCCAUUAAUACAAAGCCGUCUAAAAUCGGAUAUGGCAGUCGACGAUAAAAUUCAACCGAAGCAGAGCAGUCAAAUUGCUAAGGAACUUUCGGAUUUAGUUGUUUAUUUACAAGCUAUUAAAUUCCGUGGUCUAAACACAACACCGGGAACAGGUACCUCUGGGAAAAUUCGUCAUCCUUCUCAUACCGGACCCGUUCAAAGACACAGUAUCGCUGGAAUUGGUACCAGCGGUGUUGCUUCCUCUACGGGAUCGCCACAAUCACUUUCAACGUCUGCUUCGAUCGCUAGCGGUGGCAGUAAUAUCGAUAAUCUUUUCAGGUCGACACGCGGCGUACCAGCGUGCUUCCAGUGCUCGUCUUUAAACGAAAGCACUGCCAAAAAAAUUUGUAGAAAGCAGCCAUUGGGUGUCGUAGCACACGCGGAAACACAAUUGGUUCGAACAUAUCCAGCUGGAAUGCGUAUCGAUUCGACCAACUUCAAUCCUGUAAUCUUCUGGGCAUUUGGUAUACAAAUGGUAGCGUUGAAUUAUCAGACCGACGAUGCAGGAUUGAAUUUGAAUGCUGCCAUGUUCGAACAGAACGGACAAUGCGGAUACGUGAGGAAACCUUCGGUAAUGUGGGACAAGAGUCAUAUGAUGUAUAGACGUUUCAAUCCAUGGGACAAAGAAUUCGAUGGUCUUCACUCCGCUCAUUUGACUUUAUCGGUAGUGUCGGGACAAUACGUUUCACCAACAAAUUUCUUUGCCAGUACGUACGUCGAAAUUGAGCUGGUGGGCAUACCGAUCGAUUGUGCAAAACACAAAACAAAAGUCAUACAAAGUAAUGCCCUUAAUCCAAUUUGGAACGAAAAAUUCUGCUUUCAAGUAAUGUUCAAAGAUCUAGCCUUUCUAAGAUUUGGUAUAGUUGAAGCAAGCUCGCAUCAUUUGAUAGCACAACGCGUUAUGCCUUUGAAAUGUCUUAGACCAGGUUACAGACACGUUAGAUUGCGUUCGUGCAAAAAUAAACCAUUGGCAUUAUCCACGUUAUUUAUAUAUUCACGACUUGAAGAGGAAAGUCUCGAUUACAAUACCUGCUGUCGUGAUCACAAGGAAACGUCUUCAAAACGACCGUCGUCGGGAAAGGAACCGGACAAAUUGACCAGCGUAGAUCCAGGUCUCGGUGGUGUCACGUUAAAGAGAAGAAUGUUUUUCCUUAUGGUUUAUCACGUAAUACCGGAGGAACCGUAUACUAUUUUAAAAGUAACCCAAGAAAGUACUACUCAAGAGGUAAUGUUGCAAGCGUUACAAAAGGCAGGAAUAUCGGCGGAACACGUGGACGAAUAUAUUCUUGUGGAGGAGGUGUCACGUGGAUGGGAAAAACGAGAUAGAGAGGAAUUACCAACUCAAAGGGUUCUCGAUCCAACCGAACAUCCUCUUCAAGCGCAAGCCCUAUGGAAAGGACAGGGUCGAUUCUUAUUAAAACGUGUCGGCGAUGAUCCAAGUAGCAGAGCUUGGCUUGCAUCUAUACGAAGUACAGCUGGACAUUCAAAAUUGGAUACAAAUUCACGGGAUCAUUCAACUCAUAUAUGGGACGAAGCAGACACUUUUCUAGUUUGCAUUUACAACGUUUCACCCGAAAUACCGUACGCGAUUUUACGCGUACCGGUUAGUAGUUCCGCACAGGACGUAUUAGCCCAAGCACUUGUUAAGGCAAGAAGAAUGGAGGAUCCAAUGAAAUUCGCUUUGGUAGAGGAAUUGGAAUGGGGCGGGGCUGGCGCCGUUGGUAGUGGUAAUCGUCAAUUAAGAGUCCUUAGAGAUGACGAGAAUGUUUACAGUACGCAAGCGUUUUGGAAGACUCUCGGUCGAUUUAUAUUGAGGGAAAGAGAACAAGCAAUACCGAGACGACAUUUGUUGCCGGCAACAUUAGACAGGCUCAGUAAGGGUUUCUCCGUUGGUAGAUCAGUAUCUCUUCCUGGAUCUAGCAAGGAAAAGGUUCCAGUUAGCGAGGCAUUAUCCGAUCCAACAUCAAGAGGUUUAAGACAUCGUUUAUUAAUGCCAGGUCGUAGACGAGAAGUCCAUUCCGACGGUGAGGAUACCCGCGAAUCUGAUCUAUUAAAUGCUGCCCUUCAUUUAAAAAAAGUCUCAUUGAGAAAAUUAAGAGUAUGGAAGUCAUAGUGGCAGUCACGGGCGACGUCGAUAACAUCGAUCUUCGCCGCUCGGAGAAAUCAGUUUUAAAUGAUCUAUUCAAAAUUAAUAUCGGACAUCUCUAACCAAAACAUAACAAAAUAAUAACAAAAAAAUCAAUUAGAAUCGAAUUAAAGUGAAAAUGAAAGAGAAAACAAUAAGAAAAAUUGCAAUUUGUAUACGAAUUCGUACGAAUAGGACAAAGUCAUUAUUUCCUCUAUCUAAUGAUAUAAUGUUAUCAAACAAGAAAAAAAAAAAAAAAGAAAUAUAAUGAUUGUUUAUAUAAUUGUGGGCAUUACCGAAUUGUAGAAAAAAAAUUCGAUUCCAUUCGAUUCGAUUCGAUUCGAUUCCGAUUCAAUUCGUCAAUGGAAAAUAAUUUAUUACCUAUUAUUUGUUUAUUAUCGAAUUCGCACUUAUUAUAUUCAAUUCAAUUCGUGUGGCUAUACAAUAAGAUCAUUAAAUAAUGAUGAUGUUCCGAAUAUUAUAAAUAUAUCGAAGAAUCAAUCAAGAAAUUAUUCAAUAUUAUAUAAAAUUUCAAUUUGAAGUAAUCACAAUGGAAAUUUCUUUCAAUUUUCUAUAAGCAAAUUCAAAGUCAAAGAAAUUAAGUCGAUCUAUAUCUAUGUUGGACCAUUAUCACACGUUGCGAUAGUGUGAUAGUCGUGGAUUAAUAAUAUGGAUACCGUAUUAUGGUUUCUCGUGUCGUCGUGUCGGCAAGAAAAACAAAAAAAGAAAAAAGAAACAAACAAAAAAAAAAGGACAAAAAAAAGAAAGAAAGAAAGAGAAAAAAAAGAAGUUAACAAAAAGCCAAAACCCAUGGGCUUUCUUUAUAACGCGUCAGUAUUAUUUCUUAGUACAAUUUCACACA